AUGGAUUCUUUAAUUCACGUCCUGGUUUUUACCUGUUUUGCCUUGAUGUCCUCAGAGGGGUUUCUGAUUAUCCAUGUGCAGAAACAGCAGUGUCUUUCAGAAAAGAAAGGAGUCAUUAUGGAAAAGUGCAGUAUGACCAGCCCCAACCAGCAGUGGCAGUGGAUGGCUGAUGACAGGCUCCUUCACGUGAAAUCUGGCCAGUGCCUGAGCAUCUCCACGCGCUCUGCGCUGUCGUCUCGCAGCAUCAUCGUUGAUUGCUCCCAGGCAGUCAGGUGGACAUGCCACGAGGAGGAUGGGCUCCUGAAGGUGGCCAACAGCUCACUCUUUCUCACAAAGCAAGGUCAGAAGGUAAUGGCCAAGCAGAGUAAGAAAUAUCUUCAUACAUGGAUGCAGCUUGAAGCCAGAGAGAUGGGAAAACCUGUCUAUGUAAAUCUGUGCUCAAAGCAAGAUCUCCAAGAUACAGACACUUCUGUACGGAGUACUACAGCCACAUCCUCCCCUUUAAGCACUGUUACCUCUAGGCCUGAAAAUCUGCCGGAGAGUGGCACAGAGAUGUUCAUCAGAAAUGUGACUGAACACUUCAGUAAAAAAUUAAUUGAAAACCUCUACUUUGGUUUCAAGUCUGCAGUAACAGAGAAAGCCUGGAUCCCAACAACUACUCCUCAAUACCCUAGCACUACGGAGGAGGCCGCGCUCGGGGAGGCGGCGGGGUGCAGCGCCAACCUGACGGUGCGGCUCGUCGCCGGGCACGGCGCCUGGCUGCGCUGGCGAGCCGCGGCCCCCGCCUGCAACUUCAGCGUGACGGGGCGCUCCGAGGACGGGCAGCCCGCCGGCUGCCAGCCCGCCCGCACCGCCAACGGCUCCUACGGCUGCGCCCUGCGGGGCCUGGAGGCCGGGACGUGGUACCACCUCCGCAUCCAGCCGCUCUCCGGCGGGGAGCCCACCGACGUGUCCCUGCAGACAGAUCCCUUACCGCCAUCUCAUUUUGAAAUUAAUAAGGAGAAAACUACAUUGACAAGCUUACAAGUUCAAUGGGACCGUUCCUCAGGAAAGGUGGACUUAUACAAUCUAGUAUUAUUUGAUCACAAUAAUACAAAGAUACAAGAAGUCUCUGUACAAGGAAGAUCUUCAAAAACGGAAAGCACUUUCACCAGUCUAAUCCCUGGGAGUAAAUACAAUAUUGUCCUCACUGCAGUUGCUGGAAAUAAAAGCACCCCAGAACUUCACAUAAGUGGAUCUACUGUGCCAUCCCCUGUGAAGAAUAUUCAGGUCAAUGUCAAGACAGACACUAUUCAUGUUUCAUGGUCUCCUGGCUCUGGGCAUGUGGAUCUAUACAGGCUGGUGUUACUGGAUAAUCAAGUUCCAGUUCAUGAGAUUCACCAAGAAGAUCCUCUGACUUCUUACACUUUUUCUGGACUUACAGCAGGGCACUUGUAUAACCUCUCUGUCAUAACCCAGGCUGCAGGAUUGGAGAGCACCAGUUUCCAAAUAGUUAGGACAGCCCCAGCCGAAGUCUUAGAUUUGACAGUGACUAAUGAUGACAGCUUGGAUACAUUAAAAGUUAAAUGGAGAAGACCUUCAGGAAACCUUGAUUUCUAUAAUAUCACUCUGUCUCAUCUUGGAUCAGUUAAAGAAGUCAAAACUUUACAGCCAGUGGUCACAGACACUCAUUUUGACAAGCUAACUCCAGGACGUCUUUAUCAGGUUACUGCCCGCACAAUCAGUGGUGAACUGUUUACUGAUAAGAUGGCAACUGGCAGGACAUUUCCCCAGAAGGUUUCUGAGCUGAAAGCCGGUGGUGGUGGCUGGCUGAGGUCUCUGCGAGUGAACUGGCUGCCCCCUGCGGGAGACUGGGAGAGGUACCGCCUGCUCCUCUGGAACCACUCUGCCCUGGUGCUCAACACCACCCUAGAAAAAGAGGCGACAGAGCACCUCAUCCAAGACGUGGGCCUCAUUCCAGGCAGGCAGUACGAAGUGGAGGUCGUUGUGGAGAGUGGCGAUUUGCAAAGCAAGGCUAGCUGCACGGGGAGAACAGCUCCAGAGCCUGUUCUUCAGCUCCGUGUGAAGUAUGCUAAUGAAUCCUCACUUAGUGUCAUGUGGAUGACCCCUGUUGCAGAAUGGGACAGCUACGUGGUUUCACUGGGAGACAGGGAUCUUACUGUCAUAAAGAAAGGGCUUGCAAAAGAAGCUAAAGAAUUUACUUUCACUGACUUGGUACCUGGAAGAAAAUACACAGCUACCAUCACUACCAUUAGCGGGAUAUUAAGCAACUGGACUUCAGUGGAAGGAAGAACAGUGCCAGCCCAAGUGACUGGUCUGACUGUGGCAAGUCAGGGAUCAACCAACAGCUUGUUCACCAACUGGACGAGAGCACUGGGAGAUGUAGACUCAUACCAAGUACUACUGAUUCACGAGAACGUCGUCAUUAAAAAUGAGACUGUUCCCAGUGAGACCACCAGAUACCACUUCUACCCCCUGAAACCUGGAGGACUCUAUUCAGUUGUUGUCACCACUGUCAGCGGGGGGAUAUCUUCAAGGCAAAUGAUCGCAGAGGGGAGGACAGUUCCUUCCAGCGUGACUGGAGUAACAGUAAAUAACUCAGGUCGCAGUGACUACCUCAGUGUUUCUUGGCUGCCAGCUUCUGGAGAUGUAGACAGUUAUUUGGUAACACUAUCGCACAAUGACCAGAUUGUUCAGACUCUCACCAUUUCCAAAUCCCUCAGUGAAUGCUCCUUUAGCAGCCUUACUCCUGGAACACUUUACAACGUGAUGAUAACCACAAAGAGUGGAAAGUAUGAAAAUUACUCCUUCAGCCAGGAACGAACAGUCCCUUCAAGUGUUCAGGGACUUACUGUCAGCAAUUCAGCCAGAAGUGACUACUUGAAGGUGUCCUGGCUACACGCUUCUGGAUAUUUUGAUAAUUAUGAAGUGAUCAUCAAGAACAACAAUGAUUUCAUCCAAACAAAAAGUGUCCCAAAGGAUGAAAAUGAAUGUGUGUUCACUAAUCUGGUCCCGGGGAGGCAGUACAGCGUCACAGUCAGCACAAGGAGUGGGAAAUACGAAACCAGUGAGAGGGUCUAUGGCAGAACAAUGCCAGAGUCAGUGAAGGAACUGACUCUUAGUAACAGAAGCACAGAAGAUCUGCAGGUAACUUGGUCAAAGGCUGAGGGUGAUGUUGAUAAAUAUGAGAUUCAGCUCCUCUUCAAUGAUAUGAAGAUCUUCCCACCCAUUUUCCUUGGAAACACUGUCGAGGAGUAUCGGUUCACGGCUCUGACUCCCGGACGUCUAUACAAAAUUCUUGUCUUGACAAUCAGCGGAGAUGCACAACGUGCUACUUUCAUAGAAGGCCUGACAAUUCCAAGUGCAGUGAGAAACAUUCAUGUUUCACCUAACGGCAUGACAAACAGCCUGAAAGUGAGCUGGACACCUGGAGGUGGAGAUGUUGAUUCCUACACAGUGACUAUAUUUCAGCAAAACCAUCAGCUUGGUUCCCAGAGUGUCUCCAAACACGUCUCUGAGCACACGUUUCACAAGUUGGAAGCUGGGGAGCUGUACCGGGUGGUGGUGCAAUCAAACAGCGGUGCCUUGCAAAACAGCUUAGCAGCUUUUGGGAGAACAAUUCCAGCAUCUGUCCAAGAAUUAUUAGCCCACCAUGCUUACAGCAGUCAUUCCUUGUUAGUAACCUGGCAGAAAGCUCCUGGUGUAGCUGAAAGAUAUGACAUUCUACUCUUGAAUGAGCAAGGAGUCCUACUGAGCAACAAAUCAGAACCAGCUACUGCCAAACAGCACAAAUUUGAAGAUUUAUUAGCUGGCAAGAAGUAUAAAAUACAAGUUUUGACAGUCAGUGGUGGACUCUUCAGUAAACGAGCAGAAACUGUUGGCCGAACAGUUCCAGCAGCUGUCACAAAUCUGAAGGUCACUGAGAACACCACUGACCGACUGUCCUUUAGCUGGACCACCUCACAAGGAGAGCUUGAUUCAUAUGACAUCUUCCUGUACAACCCAGACAAGUCCCUUCAUGACAGGAUUUCAGGAGAGCAGCACCUUCAGCAAUGUUCAUUCCUGAACUUGCGGCAAGGCAGGAUGUAUCGAAUGGUGAUCGUUACCCACAGCGGAGACCUCGCUAACGAGUCAUCUGUCUUUGGGAGAACAGUACCAGCACCAGUUGUUGGUCUCAAGGCAUCCAACAGAAACAUGACAGACAGCCUGUGGUUCACCUGGGGUCCAGCAGCAGGAGACGUCGACUUCUAUGAGCUGAAUCUUUACAACCCAAAUGGGACACAGAAAGAAACGUGGCACAGGAAAGACCUGAAAGAGUGGUGUUUCCAGGGGCUUGUUCCUGGCAGAAAGUACACGCUGGUUGUGGUGACUCACAGUGGUGACCUGACCAACACGGCAAAUGCUGAAGGAAGAACAGCACCCAGCCCUCCUAACUCUGUCUCCUUUACUGAUGUUGCAAACACUUCUCUGUCAAUCACAUGGCUGGGUCCUCCAGACUGGACAGACUACGAUGAUUUUGAGUUGCAGUGGUUCCCGAAGGAUCCCCUCACAGUAUUCAAUCCCUACAGCAGCAGCAAAUCAAAAGUACGCAUCAUCUAUGGCCUGCGACCAGGAAGGCUCUAUGAGUUCAGUGUGAGAACGGUCAGCGGUGACAGCUGGAAGACAUACAGUCAGUCUCAGUCUGCAAGUGUGAGAACCAAACCAGACAAGAUACAAAGUCUUCACUGUCGGCCCCAGACCUCUACUGCCAUCGCGUGUUCCUGGACUCCUCCUGAUUCUGACUUUGAUGGAUAUAGCGUUGAGUGCAAAAAGCUGGACACUCGGGAAGUGGAAUUUUCUAAAAGGAUAGAAAAGGACAAAUCUCUGCUUAAUAUCAUGACCCUCGUUCCCCACAAGCGCUACCUGGUGUCCAUCAAGGUGCACUCUGCAGACAUGACAAGCGAAGUAGUUGAAGACAGCACCAUCACAAUGAUCGACCGUCCCCCUCAGCCACCUCCGGACAUACGAGUGAAAAAAGAGGUGCUGAUUACCAAAUCCUCCAUCAACUUUACUUUUAACUGCAGCUGGUUUAGUGAUACCAAUGGAGCUGUGAAGUACUUUACUGUGGUUGUCAGAGAGGCUGAUGGUAGUGAAGGACCAAAGCCUGAUGAGCAGCACCCAUUGCCUUCCUACCUGGAGUACAAACACAACGACUCUAUACGCAUCUACCAGACAAACUAUUUUGCCAGUAGGUGUGCUGAAAACCCUGACAGUGACUAUAAAAGCUUUGACAUCAAGCUUGGAGGAGAAAUGGAAAAUCUGGGAGGAAAGUGUGAUCCAGAUCAGCAAAAAUUCUGCGAUGGACCCCUAAAGCCUCGGACUGCAUAUAGGAUCAGCAUACGGGCUUUCACUCAGCUCUUCAGUGAAGAUCCAAAGGAACUUCCUAAACCACUCUUUGCAGACACCUUCUUCUCUUUACCAAUCACUACAGAGGCAGAGCCUCUCUUUGGAGUUAUUGAAGGUGUGAGUGCUGGCUUGUUUCUGAUUGUGAUGUUAGUGGCUGUUACUGCUUUGUUUGUCUGCAGACAGAAAGUUGGCAAUGGCCAUGAGAGACCUACAGCAAGGCUGAGCAUUCGCAGGGACAGGCCUCUGACAGUCCAUCUGAACUUGGGGCAAAAAGGGAACCGGAAAACUUCCAGUCCAAUCAAAGUCAGUCAUUUUGAAGCACACUUCACCAAACUCCAAGCAGACUCCAACUACCUCCUGUCCAAGGAAUAUGAGGACUUAAAAGAUGUGGGUCGAAACCAGACAUGUGACAUAGCACUUCUGCCAGAGAACAGAGGGAAAAAUCGAUACAAUAAUAUAUUGCCCUAUGAUACAUCAAGAGUGAAGCUUUCCAAUGUUGAUGAUGACCCUUGCUCAGACUACAUCAAUGCAAGCUACAUACCAGGCAACAGUUUCCGCAGAGAAUACAUAGCAACUCAGGGCCCUUUGCCUGGCACCAAAGAUGAGUUCUGGAAGAUGGCGUGGGAACAAAAUGUCCACAAUAUUGUCAUGGUAACCCAGUGUGUUGAGAAGGGCCGGGUAAAGUGUGAUCACUACUGGCCCCUUGACCAGGAUUCCUUGUACUAUGGAGACCUGAUCGUUGAGAUGCUGUCUGAAUCAGUGCUCCCAGAAUGGACAAUACGAGAGUUUAAAAUCUGCAGUGAAGAGCAGCUUGACUCAACAAGGCUCAUUCGACACUUCCACUACACUGUGUGGCCAGAUCACGGUGUGCCGGAGACCACCCAGUCCCUGAUCCAGUUUGUGAGAACUGUAAGGGAUUAUAUCAACAGGACCCCAGACACAGGACCAACUAUUGUGCACUGCAGUGCUGGUGUUGGCAGGACUGGCACAUUCAUUGCACUGGACAGAAUUCUGCAGCAACUGGAUUCAAAGGACACUGUUGACAUUUAUGCAGCAGUGCAUGAUCUAAGGCUUCACCGGGUUCACAUGGUUCAGACAGAGUGUCAAUAUGUGUAUCUACAUCAAUGUGUGCGAGAUGUGUUAAGAGCCAGAAAACUUCGCAGUGAACAAGAAAAUCCCUUGUUUCCAAUAUAUGAAAAUGUGAAUCCAGAGUAUCACAGAGGUAACUCUCCAUCCUUACAGGCUUUUUUUUUUUUCCUAGCCUAUAUCCAGUUCCUUGGGCAGUUCCUUGGGGAAUUUAGAGAAUUAGAGAAUUCCUUUUGAGAAUUUAGAGCUAUACCCACUGAAGGCACUGAAAACCCUCAACCCAUUUGGGUGCCUAAGCUGCCUGUACAGGUAGGCCUUGAGAAAAUGGUGCCAGGAAACUCAGUCUUACUUCCCAGUGGAAAUCAGAGGAAGCGACUGUGGCCACAUCUCAGCUACAUCUUGGGGCACCAUGGUCCUGAAAGACCAGUUAGAGCAUGUAGCAGCUCCAGGACAGACUGCAAAACUAGAUUUCUUUUGUGGCUGUAG